AUUGCCGUGUUUGACCUCCAAAGCUUCCAAUUGCCCAUGGCCUAUACAUAUAUAAAUUACUAACUACAACUAUAUAUAUACAUAUUUGCAUUUACAGAACUAUAUAAUAAAAUAUAGAUAUAUAUUGAUUAAUAUCGAAGAAAUCAAUUUAUUUUUCUCCAAAUUACCGUAAAGAGCUUGUGAUUUUUCGAUCGGAAAAGUGAGUUCCGGCGAUGCUAUAGAGCUGCAAAGUCGCCGGAGUUUAGAAAAUUGUUGUCGAAGAUGAGCAGAGUGAACGGAGUUGAUAACACUUUGGAAACUAUAAACGCAGCAGCUACUGCUAUCGCUUCUGUUGAAAAUCGUGUUCCUCAAGCUUCCGUUCAGAAACGAAGAUGGACAAGCUGCUGGAGCAUGUAUUGGUGUUUUGGCUCUCAGAAACAGACAAAACGAAUUGGACAUGCAGUUUUUGUCCCAGAGACAACAGCCCCUGGGCUAGAUAGACCUGCUGCUAAUGCUUCAAGUCAAGCUCCUUCUAUAGUGCUUCCCUUCAUUGCACCCCCCUCAUCGCCUGCAUCUUUCUUGCCAUCAGAACCUCCUUCAGCAACCCAUUCACCAGUUGGUUCAAAAUGCCUUUCUAUGUCUACAUAUUCUCCCAGUGGACCCACCUCAAUUUUUGCUAUCGGGCCAUACGCUCAUGAAACUCAACUGGUCUCUCCACCUGUAUUCUCUACAUUCACUACCGAACCAUCUACUGCUCCUUUUACCCCUCCUCCUGAGUCAGUCCACUUGACUACACCUUCAUCACCUGAGGUACCAUUUGCUAAGCUUCUUGACCCCACCUAUCAAAAUGUUGCUGCUGGUCACAGAUAUCCUUGUGCUCAGUAUGAAUUUCAAUCAUACCAACUUCAACCAGGGAGUCCGGUCAGCAAUUUGAUCUCACCUGGGUCUGCCAUAUCUGUAUCUGGAACCUCAUCUCCUUUUCUUGACCGUGAGUAUACUCCUGGACGCCCUCAGUUCCUGAACCUGGAGAAAAUAGCCCCUCACGAAUGGGGAUCUCGGCAAGGAUCUGGGACUUUGACCCCUGAUGCAGUAAACCCCAAAUAUCACGAUAAUUUCCUUCUUAAUCAUCAGAACACUGGUGCUCAUCGUCUUCCAAAGCCCUUUAAUGGAUGGAGAAAUGACCUAACAGUGGUUGAUCAUAGAGUUUCUUUCGAGAUAACUGCAGAAGACGUUGUGAGGUGUGUGGAAAAGAAGCCAACGAUGAUGAUGAGAACUGGAUCAGUAUCUCCCCAGGAUGUAGAACAUUGCACUAGACGACGGGAAAACCUGGCUGAAACAUCAAAUGCACAGGAGCAUGAUGGACAUGAGUCUUCCAAUGAAAUACGUGAAGGAUCAUCUACUGACGGAGAGGAUGGACAGAGGCAGCAGAAACACAGAUCCAUCACUCUCGGAUCCUCAAAGGAAUUUAACUUUGACAAUGUGGAUGGAGGAUAUCCUGAUAAAGCUAAUCUUGGCUCUGACUGGUGGGCCAACGAGAAGGUUCUUGGAAAGGAUACUGCACCAUGCAGUAACUGGAUCUUCCCUAUGAUGCAACCCGGUGUCAGCUAACUAGUUUGCAUCACUUUGGUAAAUCCACACCAUACUAAUAACCAGCAGCAAAUACCGAAAACUCUUGGUAUCAAAUUGUACAAGGACAAGACAUUGAAGGGAAUGAUGUGCAGCAGGACUGAUAAAGAGGAACUGAUACAAACGAAGGCUGUUUUUUUUUCCGCGCACUUUCUGAACUUAGGAUAAGAUAGAUAGAGGUGUAUUUUAGGAAUUACCAUUUGAUAAACUAGUUUUGCUCUCCCCUGAGCGAGAGUUUUACAGUUGACUAAUAGACUACUUUUUCGCUUUCUAGCACUUCUAUAUGUAACAUAAUAAACUGAUAAAACAGUGUAGAAGAUAAUGCUGAUAAUGAUCAUUUUGUUCC